ACACCCAAAUUUGUGGAAUAUGUUCCACUAUCGCAGUAACAUCAGCUUCUGGUUCGUCCCGUUAGGAUUACUGGGAUUUUUAGGCUCAUUGGUUAAAGGACAAAAUCCACUGUGGAUACUGUUGGAUAGUGUGAAAUACAGCUAUGGCAUCGUUGCUCCUGUUGGCUGGACUGUCGGAGCAUACACUUGGUACAUUGGCUGGUUGGGACUUAUUUUGGGAGCGCUUCUACUGCUACAGUUCAACAAAGGAUGGAAAGAUACCGAUCCAGAUUUUGGAUUUUUCGGUCGCAGUCAACACUUUCAGCGAGCAUUCACCGACAGUGGAAUUUUCGACAGUUUGGAUGGAUCACAGGAUAAUAUUGAAAAUCACAAAUUAUUUUGGAAAGAUCGAUUUCGUUCAGUUGCAGAGAAAAUUUCGUCCAACAGUUAA